UUCGGACAUCCACGUCAUUGGGAUCUCCAGCUCAUAAAUGCUGCUGAGGGGUGCGAUUGCGCGCAUUGUCCUCUCAACCGAGCGGAGUGGACUCCUGGACUUUCCGGGUCAUAUUAAUUGGACUCUCGUCAUUGGAACCAGUUACGCACAGAUGUGCGGAACAAACACAGAUCUGUUAACCUCAGGUGGAAGGAGUGUCAACCAGUUAGGAGGGAUGUUUCUUAACGGGAGGCCUCUGCCUGAGCCCAAGAGGAGGAAGGUGAUUGAGCUGGCCACGGAGGGAGUUCGUCCGAGUCAGAUCUCCAGGAUUCUUCGGGUGUCCAAUGGGUGUGUCAGUAAGAUCCUGAGCCGCUACCGGCGCACAGGACUCAUUAAGCCCAAAACUAUGGGAGGGAGCCGUCCCCGGCUUCUCACUCCGGGCGUGAUCUCCACAAUCCUCCGCUGCAAAAAUGAAAACCCGAGCAUUUUUGCUUGGGAAAUCCGCCAACGGCUCGCACUGACACGGAUAUGCAAAUCCACUAAAAUCCCCAGCGUGUCAUCCAUAAAUAGGAUUUUGAGACAGAUCCACUUGGAGGAUGGAGCAUCGUGCAUGGAUGUCAACACGCAAAGAGCUCAGCAGGGAGAAGGAAGAGGUUUAGAAAUCCAGAAAUCUAAGGAUGCUCAACAGAGAAAUCGAACCACCUUCACCCCAGAACAGAGCAGAGCCCUGGAGAAAGAAUUCUCUCAAAGCAGGUAUGCAGAUCUAUACACAAGAGAGAAGCUGUCUGCAGAGAUUCAACUUCCUGAGGACACCAUCAAGGUAAAAUCCUCACUAGUGCUCCAUUUCCUUUCUCUCUUUCUGAGAUGUUUUGGUUCUCCUCUGCAGGUUUGGUUUUCAAACAGACGAGCGAAGUGGAGGAGAGAAACCAAGCAGAGAAGCGACACACAGAAUCCAGCAUUUCAAGAGCAUAACAGUUUUAAUUCUUUGAGUUAUGUCUUCACAGCCCAACAGGAAACAGGAAUAUUAAGAGAGAACAAGGAAGUCUCCAGUUUGUGCACGCUCCCUGGAAGGUUUCUCAGUAUCUCCCAGUUUCAAACACAAACAGUUCCCAACCCGCUGAGUGACACGUUGCCACAAAACAGGAACAAGAUUCCCAGAGAUCCCUUUGGCGAUGCGUUCACUUUCCCAGUGAUUCAGCAUCCCUCUGACACAUGGACAGCCUUUUCUUUGCCAUCUGAGACCAGAAGCCCCCCCAUGCCUCAGCCAUGGAGCCAGAAGAGGACCCCUUUUAUUUGGAGUCAGUUUGACCCUAAAGAGACGUUUUUGUUUGCUCGGGAUGUGAAUCUGCAGUGUUACACCGACUGAAAAUGAGAGCAUUAUUCAUUUUGUUUGAGCGAGUUGUGACACUUUCUGACCACUAGAUAGAGACAAAAUACUGACAUUGCAAUGGGGCCAAAAUCUGCAGUCCAUUCAUUCACAAAAGCUAGAGACAGAACAAGUUUUCAUUUCAAGAUUUUAAUUGUUUGAGAUAUUUAUGUGAAUCCAACUUGUAAAACUGACAAAGUUAAUUGCUUGGAGUAGUAAAUAAAGUCGGAUGGAUAAGAUG